UCGAUCCCUAUCCUUUAUCAUCGCGUCCCACGCUCGCGAUGCCUUUUCGAUCUCACGUGCCUCUCACGCGCCUCUCACACUCUCCCCCCUCUUCUUCUUUAUGCCAACACAAGGCGAUAGGGUUUCAGUCGUCGAGCCCCUCGCUUUGUUGAAACCCUAACCCUAACCCUAAAAUUCGGCGCAUGGAACCGCGGCGGCAGCAGCAGAACGGGCUAUCAUACGACAAUCUCUUCAAUCUCGAGCCUUUGAUGAACUUUCGAUUGCCGAAACCUAGCGAGGAGUUUGAUACUUAUGGGAGUAGCAGUCAGGAGGAGAGCACAAGUAGCCAAGGUCAGGGAGCAAUGACGGGUUACAGUAACGGAAGCAUGACUGAUAGGUCUUCAGGCCACACAAAGAAGCAAAAGAGGCGUGGGUUUGAACUUGAGACCGGUUUAAGCCCUUAUGGUAGGAGAGAUGCAGAUAGUAAUGAUCAAGAUGAUGAAGAUUAUAACACAAGAAUCUCUGAAGAUCAUUACCGCUCGAUGCUUAGUGAUCAUGUACAAAAGUAUAGGAAAGUUAGGGUUCCUGAUUCUUCAGUUCCAAAUGUGAGACGUAACCACAGCUCGAAGGCUGGGAAGUUUACCCAUGAGCCAUUUGUUAAAGAGGAAGCAAUGUUUCGUGAGAUGGAUAACUCGCCAGAAUACUUUGAUGCUGAUUUUGAGUCGGAUUAUGGUGGAGAGAAUAAGUAUGGUUCCCCUCUAGAUUCUUCCUACUUGGACAUUGGUGAGGGGAUAACGUAUAGGAUCCCUCCAACUUAUGAUCUGCUUGUGACUUCACUGAAUUUGCCAAGUUUUUCAGACAUAAGAAUAGAUGAGUAUUUUCUGAAGGGAACACUGGAUUUAAGGUCUCUAGCAGCAUUUGUUGCUAGUGACAGGAAGUUUGAGGCCCGGAAUCGAGGAGGGUUGGCAGAGCCUCAGCCACAAUAUGAAUCACUUCAAGCACGGCUCAAGGCUCUUUCUGCUAGCAACUCAAAUCAGAAGUUUUCACUCAAAGUGUGUGAUGAUCAUCUGGACUCCAUUCCGGAAGGAGGUGAAUCUGGUAAUUUACAGGUUUACUAUGUUAGGGUCAUGGAAAAGGGAGAUACAUUUGAGAUUAUUGAGCGAGCCUUGCCUAAGAAGCAGAUAGUUAAAAAAGAUCCUUCUGUGAUUGAAAAGGAGGAAAUGGAUAAGAUUGCGAAAGUCUGGGUGAAUAUUGUGAGGAGAGAUAUUCCUAGGCAUCACAGGGCUCUCACUAAUCUUCACAAGAAAAAAAUUGGUGAUGCGAAGCGUUUUUCAGAAACCUGCCAAAGAGAAGUAAAACUGAAAGUUGGUAGGUCAAUCAAGCUGAUGAGAGGUGCAGCCAUCCGGACCAGAAAACUUGCUAGAGACAUGCUGCUGUUCUGGAAGAGAGUAGAUAAAGAGCAGGCAGAAGUGAGAAAGAAAGAAGAACGAGAAGCUGCUGAAGCAUUGAAGCGUGAAGAAGAGCUUCGAGAAGCAAAGAGACAGCAGCAAAGACUCAAUUUUUUGUUAUCACAAACAGAGCUGUACAGUCAUUUUAUGCAGAACAAGUCUUCACAACCCUCAGAAUCUUUGCCCACUGUAGACGAUGAAUCCACAAUCCCAGAAGAGCCAUCUGCAGCUGCAGUCCAACCAGGGGAGGAAGAAGACCCUGAGGAAGCUGAACUAAGAAGAGAAGCUCUGAAAGCAGCCCAUCAUGCUGUCUCACAGCAGAAGAAGAUAACUAAUUUGUUUGACAGUGAAUGUUUGAAGCUUAGACAAGCUGCUGAAACUACAGACGUGACUGAUGAUCCGGCAAUUUCAGGGUCCAGUAAUAUUGACCUAUUGAAUCCUUCAACGAUGCCUGCAACCUCAUCUGUGCAAACGCCAACAUUGUUUAAAGGCUCUUUGAAAGAGUAUCAGUUGAAAGGGUUGCAAUGGCUUGUGAACUGCUAUGAGCAGGGUUUGAAUGGCAUUCUUGCUGACGAAAUGGGCCUUGGGAAGACUAUCCAGGCUAUGGCAUUCUUAGCGCAUUUGGCUGAGGAGAAAAACAUAUGGGGUCCAUUUUUGGUGGUUGCUCCAUCAUCUGUUCUGAAUAAUUGGGCUGAUGAAAUUAGUCGAUUCUGCCCUGAUCUAAAGACACUUCCAUAUUGGGGUGGAGCUUCUGAAAGGCUUGUUCUAAGGAAAAAUAUCAACCCAAAGCGCCUUUAUAGAAGGGAUGCUGGCUUUCAUAUACUUAUUACUAGCUACCAGUUGAUUAUUAGUGAUGAAAAGAUCUUAAAGCGUGUGAAAUGGCAGUAUAUGGUAUUGGAUGAAGCCCAGGCCAUAAAAAGUUCACAGAGUCAGCGAUGGAGGACAUUGCUCACUUUUAACUGUAGAAAUCGAUUGCUUCUAACUGGCACACCUAUACAAAAUAAUAUGGCUGAGCUCUGGGCCCUGCUUCAUUUCAUCAUGCCCACUCUGUUUGAUAGCCAUGAACAGUUUAAUGAAUGGUUUUCUAAAGGCAUUGAGAGCCAUGCAGAACAUGGAGGCACUUUAAAUGAACAUCAGCUUAACAGACUGCAUGCAAUCUUGAAACCUUUUAUGUUGCGGCGAGUUAAGAAAGAUGUCAUAACAGAGAUGACAUCGAAGAAGGAGGUUACAGUUCAUUGUAAAUUAAGUUCCAGGCAGCAGGCUUUUUAUCAAGCUAUAAAAAACAAAAUAUCACUUGCUGAGCUUUUUGACAGUAACCGUGGGCACCUAACGGACAAGAAACUCGUUAACUUGAUGAACAUUGUCAUUCAAUUGCGGAAGGUGUGCAAUCAUCCAGAAUUAUUUGAGCGCAAUGAGGGAAGCUCAUUCUUAUAUUUUGCAGAUGUCCCAAAUUCUCUUCCUCCUCCUCCAUUUGGGGAGCUGGAAGACGUUUAUUACUCGGGAGACUUGAAUCCCAUAUCGUAUAAGGUUCCAAAAUUGGUUUAUCAAGAAACUAUCCGGAAUUUUGAAAGGUCUUGUUCAGUCAUGGGGCAUGAUGUCCAGAAUAAUACUUUUGAGAGACUCUUCAGUAUUUAUUCUCCUGAAAGUAUAUAUCGCUCUGCAGUUUCCCAAUUUUCAGAUGAAUAUUCUCUGACCACUGGGACAUUUGGCUUUACUCGGCUUAUGGAUUUAUCACCAGCUGAGGUCUCAUUUUUAGCCCAGUGUUCUUUGCUUGAAAAGCUGAUGUUUUCUGUGAAAAGAUGGGAUAAGCAGUUUGUAGAUGAAGUUGUUGAUCUCUUCAUGAAUUUAGAGGGUGGUGAUGCUCAAUAUGAUCAGCUAGAGGAAUCAAAGGUGAGAACAGUUGCACGGAUGCUGAUUAUUCCCACAAAAUCAGAGGCUAGUAUGCUAAGGAAAAAACAUGCAACUGGCCCUAAUGAUGCUCCAUUUGAGCCGUUGGUGAUCUCACAUAAUGAAAGAUACAUGUCCAACAUCAGCAUGUUGCGUUCAUCAUAUGCUUUUAUCCCAAAAGCCAGAGCUCCGCCUAUAAGUGCUCAGUGCAUGGAUAGAAGCUUUGCAUACCAAACUGUUGAAGAAUUGCAUCAUCCUUGGGCUAAGAAGAUGUUUCUUGGGUUUGCUCGCACAUCUGAGUUCAAUGGUCCUAGAAUGCCAACUGCUCCUCAUCAUCUGAUAGAAGAGGUCAAUACAGAAUCAUCUUAUCAGCCCAUGCUCGAGCUGACACACAGGAUUUUUGGUUCUUCUCCACCUAUGCAAAGUUUUGACCCUGCUAAAAUGCUCACGGAUUCCGGGAAACUUCAAACUUUAGACAUACUAUUGAAACGUCUUCGAGCAGAAAACCAUCGUGUUCUUUUGUUUGCACAAAUGACAAAGAUGUUGAACAUUCUUGAGGACUAUAUGAAUUAUAGGAAAUACAAAUAUUUCAGACUUGAUGGAUCAUCCAGCAUUAUGGAUCGUCGUGACAUGGUUAGAGACUUUCAGCAGCGGAAUGACAUUUUUGUAUUCUUGUUGAGUACUAGAGCAGGAGGUCUCGGUAUCAACCUGACAGCUGCUGACACUGUCAUCUUCUAUGAGAGUGAUUGGAACCCAACAUUAGAUCUACAAGCAAUGGACAGAGCACAUCGGUUAGGUCAAACAAAAGAGGUCACUGUAUAUCGACUAAUCUGCAAGGAGACAGUUGAAGAGAAGAUCUUGCAAAGAGCAAGCCAGAAAAAUACUGUGCAACAGCUGGUUAUGACAGGAGGGCAUGUCCAGGGGGAGAUUCUAAAGCCAGAGGAUGUUGUUUCAUUGCUCCUUGAUGAUGCCCAGCUGGAGCAAAAAUUAAGAGAAAUACCUCUGCAGGUUAAGGACAGACAAAAGAAGAAAAAACCACCAAAAGGAAUACGGGUUGAUGCUGAUGGGGUUGUGUCACUGGAAGAUUUUGAUAAUCCUGUACAACAAGAUGCAGAUUACGGAGAGCAACAAAAUGGAUCUGCUGCCAACAAGAAGAGAAAAUUAAGACCUGACAACCAAACUCCAAAGCCACGAAGCCAUUCAAAAUCCAAGAAUAACAAUACAGGCAUGGAGAUUGACGAAGUACAACCAACAGAGUAUGAGAAGGAUGAUAACAUUGAACAGAGACCAACGAGACCAAAGAGAACAAAGAAGAGUGUUAACGAGAACCUUGAACCUGCAUAUAAUUCUGCUGCCAGCUCAUCCAACCUGACGCCCGCAGAGUUUUACCCGCAAUCCUCAUACGAUUAUAACUACGACUACAAUGGUGGAGUUCAAUAAGUCCAUAGAAUCUGAUGGAACAAAAUAAUGAACAGAAGCCAAAGCCUUACUGUUAAACAUGAAGAUUUGCAUAUGGGAAUAUAUUGCCACUGGAGUCUGAUACUAAUUGUUUUCAUGUACAGGGUUGAAUACCGAUAUUCAUGAUUAAGAUCUCCUUCGAGGGAAGCCAAGAUGUAACUGUUGCUUGCAGAUCAGUGACAAGUGGAGUUGAGAUGUUAAGGCUAAAUGUUUCGGAGUAGCUAGCUGUAACAAUGUUUGGGCCCUAAUGUAUCUAACAUUGAUUGAAGAUUACCCCCUUAUGAGUUAUGUGCAAAUAUUUGCUUAUGUUGUGUAACAUAAAUUAUAGUUAAGAGUUUCAGCUAAUAUUCUGUGUUGAGAGUUGACAAUUUUCCCUAGUACUAUUCUUCAUACCUCAUAUUUUUU